AUGCGCAAAGUACAGGCCUCCGCCCGCAUGACCUCGACCCAUCUAUGGGAGCUGACCACGGCGGUGACGGUGAUGGCUCUGUUGGUCACCAUGACAUGGGCGGCGCCAAAGGCCUUUGUGCCCACUCUGCUGCUGUCAUGGCUCUUCGCUCCGCCACCAUCGCUGCCUCCGCUGCCGGCUUUCUGGCUGCCGUGCUGGUUGGUGCCAUGGGCUCCCGCGCUGGAUCUGGUUCUUGUCCCCGCGUAUCUGGCUGCCUCGCUUCUUGUCCUUGCCGCCAUCGCCCGCCCGCCCAUCAUGGCACAGACUCUCCUCCGGACACUCGUGCUCGCGGUUGGCCUUCUUGGUCUCGCCGUCGUUGUCCCACACGAGCGCCGACUUCAGCCGUACACAUGGGAGCUCUCGUGGAUGCUGAUCGGGCUCGGCGCUGUCCCGCGAGCGCUCCCGCAAGUCGCCGGAACUGCCUCUGUCCGCAUCAUCCUUGCAGGCGUGUAUCUGGCCUCUGGCCUCGGCAAGCUCACCUCGCUCUUUGCCGGUGCUUUUGACUUUGUCAUCGGCCCAGCGCGGACCUUUCUUCUUGCCUCUGUCAUGCCCGGCGCGAGCCUUCUCCUGGCCAUCAUCGACCGCUACGGCGAAGCCGCCGCUGUUGUCCUCGAAGUUGGCGGCGGUCUUGUCCUCCUCGCUGCUUCGAUUGGCUUCUGGGCGCUCGCACCGGGACCGCCGCCUCCGCACAGCUCCCACUCGCUGUUUGUCCGCGUACUGGACCUCGCCGCAGCUGCUGUCGCCGCCGCCCUCGUCGCCAUGCACCUCUACAUCGUUGUCUCGCUCUACGCUCACGGCUGGAAUCAUGCUGUCUGGGCCUGGAACCUCCAUCACGCUGCACUGCUGGCGCUUCUCUGGAUUGCACCGGUCCUGGCACUGUCGCCGGACUCAGACCCUGCUUCCGGCAUCGAUGAUCCGGCGGCCAAGUACCGCCGGCGCGUCAAUGCCCAUACGUCACCUCCCUGCCACCUGCUCCCGGUUCUCGACGCGUACUCGUCGUUUGUCUCGCCGCUCGCGGCCUCGGCGUACUUUGCUCUGCUACUCGCUGUGGCACUCGUCAUCCCCCUCGUUGGCCUCUACGGUGGCAUUCCGGACCCGCUCCGCUACAAUCUCUACACCGGCAACACCGCGUCGGGCGUCAUUCUGACCGCUUCGAUGCCGGCCCACGGCGAUACACCGGCUUGGCCUGCACCUGGUUCGACAGAGGCUUCGCUCGUUCACGCCGACAUUGGCAUGCUUGCAAUCAGCGAGUACGGCGUGUACGAUGCGCUCACCGAGCGCCGCUUCUUUCACACCACGGCCUGGCUCUGUACCUCUGCACCGCUGUCCCCUAGCUCGCCGGUCGUCUCGGUCUCUUAUGUCGAUGCCAUUCCGCCAUUCACCUACGAACCACACCCGCCUCGCCACCCGCGUGUCACCUCGAUGUCCUGCACGGCAUGGACGGCUCGCUACGGCUGCCCUACCUCCUGA